AUGUCUGCAGAACCUGCUUUUAAAGCGAUCUCACGCCGGAAGCUUGCCCAGCUUGACUCCAAAAUACCCCAGUCCUGGCGUCUUCCAGCACAAUGGGCCCCGACUGGAAUAUAUUCGGUCGAAGAAUCCGUUACAAACACGAAAUAUGAAGCUGUAAAUGUGAUGCAUGUCCCAAAACAGUGUGGGCUUUUGAGCAGCAAGCAGCUGGACAUCACCGAGAAGUGGGAUGUCAAGGGUUUGUUAGCUGAGAUGGCCACAGGAAGGCUAACUGCGGCGGAGGUAUGCGAGGCAUUUUGUAAACGUGCUGCCAUAGCACAUCAACUCACCCGCUGUCUCACAGAGCCGCUGUUUGAUACAGCGCAGAAGCGCGCAUCUUAUCUUGAUACCCAUCUUGCGCGGACUGGAAAACCCUAUGGUCCCCUACAUGGUCUUCCCAUAUCAGUUAAAGACACCUUUGAUGUUGAAGGUGUUGACUCGAGUACAGGUUUGGCCCGUCUUGCAUUCAAACCCGCUAAAAGAAAUGCGCCCUUAAUUGAGCUUUUACACUCGUUGGGCGCUGUCAUCAUUGCCAAAACCAAUGUUCCACAAACUCUUGCUGCUUUAGAUAGUGUGAACAAUGUCUUUGGCCGCACCCUUAACCCCAUGAACAGGAAACUUACUGCCGGAGGCAGUUCUGGCGGUGAGGGUGUGCUUGUAGCCAUGCGUGGCUCCAUGAUUGGAUUCGGCACGGAUAUCGGUGGAAGUAUCCGAAUUCCAGCAAUGUGCAAUGGACUAUACGGAUUCAAGCCCAGCACUGGACGUGUUCCAUAUGGUGGACAGGACAGCGGCGGUGUUCCUGGCAGAGGAAGAUCGUCCAUUCAGGCUGUAGCAGGCCCAAUUGCUCGAUCUAUGUCUGACAUCAAUAUGCUAAUGAAAGAGAUUUUGCCACGGUCAGAGCUUUGGGGUGAAGAUUGUAUUCCUGGAAGAUGGGCAAGCGAGACGCCUAUCCUAGACACGGAUGCCCCCCGGAAAUUUACCAUUGGAGUUCUACGCUCCGAUGGUAAAAUCGAACCUCUUCCUCCCGUUGCCAAAGUCCUUGAUGAGGUUACCCAGAAGCUCCGUGCGUUGAAAGGAGUAGAGGUUGUCGAGAUAGCGGCCCCAAAAGAGCUGGGCGAUUGUCAAUCAGUAGCAAAUGCUCUAAUGGCUGUUGACGGCGGCAAUGUAAUGAUGGAUAUCCUCGAGAGCACAGACGAGACUCUCAUUCCUUGGCUCCAGACUAGAAUGAAGCGCGGAAAACCGGCAACUUCGGCAAAGCUGUUUGAGCUCCAGGCAAAAAGAGCCGAACUUGAAAGUGUCAUGCUUAAGAUGUGGACGCUUGGAUCCAAUGUCAAAAAGAUCGAUGCAAUCAUUCACCCAGUGGCUCCCCAUCCAGUACCAGAGCUUGAUCGGUACAAUGCUGUUGGCUAUACAUCCUCAUUUGUGCUUCUAGAUUACCCAGCAGGUACCAUCCCAGUUCGAAACUUCACAGAAGCAGACCUUGAAAACGGCAAAGAGAUGGAUUCUAAGGUGCUUUCAAGCUGGGACAAGAGGAACCGGGAAUUAUGGAACUCGAACACUGUGGAUCGCCGCGUCUAUAUCGACUCACCACUUAGCAUCCAGGUUUUAACGCCUAAGUUGCACGACUACGACUUAUACCGUGCCAUGACUUUCAUUGACCAAGCAGUGCAUGCCCCCAAAGCUUCAGCCAAGUUGUGA